AUGGAUGUACUUUGGAGAGAAUUAGCGAGAUGGAAUGAGAAGAUAAAGGCUAUGAAGAAGAAGAAGAUGCUGAAGAUGAAGAUGAAGAUUAUGAAAUUGAAGACUCAGAAUUUGCUGAUACCCUUUUUGCCGCAACACAAGACUUAUGUCACACAGAUGAGGACACUGGAUGUGAAGACUGUGUGGAAUGAGACUAUGGAAAUAAAGGAUAUGAAGAUGAAGAGAAUGAAAAUAAAAAUAAAAAUAAAAAUAAAAAUAAAAAUAAAAAGAAAAUAG